AGCGGGAGCGGCCCGGGGAGCCCGAUCGCACCAUGGAAGCGGCGGCGGCCGGCCGGGGCGGCUUCCAGCCGCACCCGGGGCUGCAGAAGACGUUGGAGCAGUUCCACCUGAGCUCCAUGAGCUCGCUGGGCGGCCCGGCCGCUUUCUCGGCGCGCUGGGCGCAGGAGGCCUACAAGAAGGAGAGCGCCAAGGAGGCGGGCGCGGCCACAGUGCCGGCGCCGGUGCCUACUGCCGCGGAGCCGCCGCCUGUGCUGCACCUGCCUGCCAUCCAGCCGCCGCCGCCUGUACUACCCGGGCCCUUCUUUAUGCCGUCGGAUCGCUCCACCGAGCGCUGUGAGACCGUGCUGGAAGGGGAGACCAUCUCUUGUUUCGUAGUGGGAGGCGAGAAGCGUCUGUGCCUGCCACAGAUCCUCAACUCGGUGCUGCGCGACUUCUCACUGCAGCAGAUCAACUCAGUCUGCGAUGAGCUGCACAUCUAUUGCUCACGCUGCACCGCCGACCAGCUGGAGAUCCUCAAAGUCAUGGGCAUCCUGCCCUUCUCCGCGCCCUCGUGCGGGCUCAUCACCAAGACGGACGCCGAGCGCCUGUGCAACGCGCUGCUCUACGGCGGCGCCUAUCCGCCGCCUUGCAAGAAGGAGCUGGCGGCCAGCCUGGCGCUGGGCCUGGAGCUCAGCGAGCGCAGCGUCCGCGUGUACCACGAGUGCUUCGGCAAGUGCAAGGGGCUGCUGGUGCCCGAGCUGUACAGCAGCCCUAGCGCCGCCUGCAUCCAGUGCCUCGACUGCCGCCUCAUGUACCCGCCGCACAAGUUCGUGGUACACUCGCACAAGGCCCUGGAGAACCGGACCUGCCACUGGGGCUUCGACUCAGCCAACUGGCGGGCCUACAUCCUGCUGAGCCAGGACUACACAGGCAAGGAGGAGCAGGCCCGCCUUGGCCGCUGCCUGGACGACGUGAAGGAGAAGUUCGACUAUGCCAACAAGUACAAGCGGAGGGUGCCCCGGGUCUCAGAGCCCCCAGCUUCCAUAAGACCCAAAGCAGACGACACUUCCUCACAGUCCCCUGCGUCUUCUGAGAAGGACAAGCAGUCCACUUGGCUGCGGACCUUGGCUGGUUCCUCCAAUAAGAGCCUUGGCUGCGCUCACCCUCGCCAGCGCCUUUCUGCUUUCCGGCCCUGGUCCCCUGCAGUGUCAGCAAGUGAGAAAGAGACCUCCCCACACCUCCCAGCCCUGAUUCGAGACAGCUUUUACUCCUACAAGAGCUUUGAGACAGCUGUGGCCCCCAAUGUGGCCCUAGCACCACCAACCCAGCAAAAGGUUGUGAACAGUUCACCAUGCACAACUGUGGUCUCUCGGGCACCAGAACCUAUUACCACUUGUAUCCAACCACGGAAGCGGAAGCUGACCAUGGAAACACCAGGAGCCCCAGAUAUGCUGACAUCUGUGGCUGCCCCAGAGGAAGACAAGGAUUCUGAGGCUGAGGUGGAAGUUGAAAGCAGAGAGGAAUUCACUUCCUCCUUGUCCUCGCUGUCCUCUCCGUCCUUUACCUCGUCCAGCUCUGCCAAGGACCUAAGCUCCCCAGGCGUGCAUGCUCCUCCGGUGGUUGCUCCUGAUGCUGCAGCCCAUGCUGAUGCCCCAAGUGGGCUGGAGGCAGAGUUAGAGCAUCUGCGGCAAGCCCUGGAGGGUGGCCUGGAUACCAAGGAAGCCAAAGAGAAGUUCCUACAUGAGGUGGUAAAAAUGCGUGUGAAGCAGGAGGAGAAGCUGACAGCAGCCCUACAGGCUAAGCGCAGCCUGCACCAGGAGCUAGAAUUCUUGCGUGUGGCCAAGAAGGAGAAAUUGCGCGAAGCCACUGAGGCCAAGCGCAGUUUGAGGAAAGAGAUUGAGCGGCUCCGAGCUGAAAACGAGAAGAAGAUGAAAGAGGCCAACGAGUCUCGGGUGCGCCUGAAGCGAGAGCUGGAGCAGGCACGGCAGGUCCGGGUGUGUGACAAGGGCUGUGAGGCCGGCCGCCUGCGCGCCAAGUAUUCAGCCCAGAUUGAGGACCUGCAAGCAAAGCUGCAGCAUGCAGAGGCGGACCGAGAGCAGCUUCGAGCUGACCUGCUGAGGGAACGUGAGGCCCGUGAGCACCUGGAGAAGGUGGUGAAGGAGCUUCAGGAGCAGCUGUGGCCUCGGCCACGGCCUGAGAAUGUGGGUGGCGAGGGCAGUGCCGAGCUGGAUCCCUAGCCUGUGCAGUGCCUGCCACUGCCACAUGGACCUCCAUACGUGCGCAGAGGGCGGCGGGUACGUGGCUCUGCAGACCCAGCCCACGCCUCUGCAGCCACACAGCACAACGUCUCUACUGUGCCUAUUACCAAGCGAGUGUUUGUAACCACAUACUUUUGGAAUCCACUGCAAAAUUUUCUACUGGCCAAGUUCAAGUGAGCAAGCCAUGUCCCCCAGCUGCAGCCAGAGUUGAGACUAGCUCUGUGGCUUGUAGCUGGUCCUCUGCUUGCUAGAACAUUCUAACAUUUACACUUUUGUUAUAAGCUAUUUAAAACCAGUAAGAAGACUUGAUAUUCAAAAAAUCAACAUGUUUUUUAAUGACUAACUGUAAAAGGCCCCUACACGUGACGCCAUCUGGACACCCACUCUGGUGGGGGUGGCACCCACCCACCGCCGUCCUGGGAAGCCAUCACCGCUCAUCUGUGCCCGCGGCUGCAAGAGGACAGCAAGGGUUUUCUUCAGAGUCUAUUUUUUCAGCCACAAGGACCCCAGUCUUCCUGCUGCUGCCAGGAAGAGCAGGGAGAGCACCGCGUGCGAGAUGAGCCCCAACACUGCCCGCCUUACCGCCGCUGCCCCGCCCACCAACAUCACCACUAACCCUGCCAUGCAGGCACCAGGGGUCCUGAGUCACAGUCUGUCCAGGCCCCUGGAUGCCCCUGCCCACCUACACCUUGAGGGCCGACCUGUGUUAGGCAGUGGCCAUGGUCCAGUGUCAUGUUGUAUUGUUCCCCAUACACACCGCCCGCCCACCCACACGCUGCUUGACCACAGCAACCCCUCUUCAAUGCAGCAGACAUCACUCCUCUCAUCUUGGGACUGAGGCUGCAGCAUUGGAACAAAAACAGCAUUAUAUCACUUUUUUCUUUCUCUCUCUUUUUUUUUUUUUGUUGUUGUUCAUUUAAACAUGUAUUUAGAACUGCACUUUGUCAGAACCCUCCCUUCUCUUUUUACUCCCCAGUUACCUGAGGUUUUUACUGAUUUCUAGAGCAGUUCAAACCCUAAGUGCUCGAGUGCUUAGAAAUCCCCUCUGGUGCUUGGUUGAACAAGGGAAUCACAAGAAAAUGAAAAUGCAGAGACUGAACUUGGGGGUCGUUCUGUGCCUUCCAGCAUCUUGUACAGCAAACCCUGACUUGUCUUUUUACCCCCAAAAUAUCGUCUUCAGUAGCGAUUGAAUCUGCCACUGUCAAAAUACGUUACUUGCAUUUAUUCCAAAUAAUCUCGUUUACUCUUAACUGUUUAUGCAAAUUGUAUAAGAUUUCUUAUGCCCAAGCUUGAAAAAUGAUUUCCUAGUCGACAAGAGGCCACCACCCAUCCUCCAGUUGUGUUAUUUACAUGAGAAGAUCACACAGAAGCCCUCCCUCCGCUCCAGUCCCGACAGGGCAGCCGUGAGCUGAGGGAGGUGGAGAUGGCUUGUGCAGGUACAAGACCUCAAGGACUCUCGCCUGCCUGCGACUGGAGACUGCUAAGCCCUGACACUCGGUGCCCGAGGUCGUCUGCAGGGUUUUGCCCUUGGUUUACUGUGGGGGGCUGGGCUGCUGCCAGGUCCCCCCUUCUGAAGUGCAAUGCAAAAGGGACGUCAUGUAUAUGCAGCGUUUAUUUGGAGUUUUUUCUUUGGCUUUUUUUCCUCUCAGUUAUGAAACUUGUAUGCAUGGAUUUCACAUCUCCAUAGCUAGACCCACCCAUGGGCAUUAUGACCGUGUCUCCUAAAGGGUCAGUUUUGUUACGCAACACGAAGAAUGCUGUUUUCAGCCUUGUUUUUCUAGAGUUGUGUUUUUCAGUCAUUUCUUCAAGGAAAACUAAAUGAUUUAGUUGGAGCAAA